UAUUCUAUUCUAUUCUACUGUAUGGAGUCCUGGGAUUCAUAGUUAGGUGAGAGCCUUAGACUAAUAGAGAGCUCUAAUUCACUGCUCCAAGCUACGAUCUACUAAAUUUUAUCUAAGGUGGAGACCACCUUGACUGUCAUAGUUCCCUCCUAUCUAUUCUAUUCUGUUCUAUCCUAUGGAUUCCUGGGAUUCAUUUUGAGGUGAGAAAGUUAGGCUACUCUUAUAGAGAGCUCUAAUUCGCUGCUCCAAACUAUAAUCCACCAAAGUGUAUCUAAGGUGGAGACCACCUUGACUGUCAUAGUUCCCUCCUAUCUAUUCUAUUCUAUUCUAUUCUAUUCUAUUCUAUGGAUUCCUGGGGUUCAAAGUUAGAUGAGAAAUUUAGACGACUCUUAUAGCUAGCUCUAGUUCCCUGCUCUAAACUGGAAUCCUCCAGAUUUUAUCUCAGGUUCACCUUGACAGUUAUGGUCCCUUCCUACAAAGUACUACAAAGUAACACCGAAAUUCAUAGAAUCAUAGAGUUGGAAGAGACCACAAGGGUCAUCCAGUCCAACCCCAUUCUGCCAUGCAGGAACUCUCAAUUGAUCUCUUCCCUAUACAAACCCCAGGAGCCUGGGGCAAGGCCCCUCAACGGUUGCCGAGGAUCGGGAACCGCGUAGAGGGCUCAGUGCGGACAGAUGUCAAGCCUUGCCAGCUCCAGCCUCUCCAUCCAUUUUGCUUUGUCCUUCCUUCCUUCCAAUGGAGGAGGAGGAGGAGGAGGAGGGGGGUGUCUUUGGACGUGAGAUUUCAAACAUCAGAUCCUUGCGUUUAUAGCUUGGGUGCCCGGAAAUUUUUUUUCUUUCUUUUUUCUUUCUUUUUUUCCCAAAUAAACACAGCUUGAUUCGACUUGGGUGGGCAGACUUAUCAAGAGGACUAAUGCUAUAAACAAAUGUGGAGCAGGGGAAAAGAAGCCAUUGGCUGGUACAGGGACGCCUCGCCACGUGGAAAAAAAAGGCAAUCAGAAAAAUAUAUAUAUAUAUUUUCUAAUUAAUGUGGGUGGGCUGAGAAAGCGAGAGAAAGAAAGAAAGAAGAAACAAGAAGAAAAAGAAGAAGAAGAAGAAGAAGGGGCUGUUUAUGGACCUAUUUCUUUCCCAGCCCCCUAAGUAAGUCCAAACUUACAACAGUUUUUGCACAUUUCCCUCCCACCUCCUUCUUCCCCCCUUCCACUUUGUUUCUUUCUCUAACCUUCCCCCCUUUUUCCAAAAAGAGAGAGAGAGAAAAGAAGUAGAGUCGAAAACGCCAUGAAAAAGAGACAGAUCGGGGAGGAGAAUAGAAAGAGCAGCUACCUUCCUUUGCGCAAGAACUUUCAAGACCUGCAUCCCUUUCCAGAUCCGGAUUCACACCGGAUCAGCCAUGAGCCAGCUCUAUAGCAGCCCUCCUCCGCCUUUGCUGUACCUCUAUGGGUCCCAAAGGGGGCUGAUGCCAGGGGUGCUGGCCCCUCCGGAGCCCCCCCAAAAGCCCCCUUAUAGUUACAUCGCCUUGAUCGCCAUGGCCAUCCAGGACGCUCCGGAGAAGAAGAUCACCUUGAACGGGAUCUACCAGUUCAUCAUGGACAGGUUCCCCUUUUACAGGGAGAACAAGCAAGGCUGGCAGAACUCCAUCCGACACAACCUGUCCCUCAACGAGUGCUUCGUGAAAGUGCCGAGAGAGAAAGGCCGCCCGGGGAAAGGCAGCUACUGGACCCUGGAUCCCCGUUGUAAGGAUAUGUUCGAGCCUGGCAACUACAGGAGGAGGAAAAGGAGAUCCAGGACCGUCGGGGGGAUCCUCUUGGAGGGCUUGGAGGACAAGGGGAAGGGAUCUGGGAGCCCCCAAAGGCGCCUUGCUCCAGAGGAGGAGGGGAUCAAGAAGGAUCGGGACCCACCGAUGUCUCUUCCAAACCCUGCCGUCGAGGAUGGAGGCUUCAAGGAGGACGAGAAGAGGCUGGGGAUGGUCCACGAAGGAGAUCCUGGACCUGGUCCUCAGUGUCCUCCUUCCCAAGGCUUGUCCUCCCCCUCGGAUGAAGAUAACCAGGUGGAGCAAGCUGGGACCGUCGGAAGGCAAAGCAGAGAGGCUUCUUCUUCCUCUUCUUUUUCCCCAGCCCCCCAGAGAGCAGCCCCCAGCCCCCCCCAGCUUCAGCAUCGACCCAUAUUGGCCAGGAAAGCCCUCCAUGAUGAUGGAAGGAGCCCUCCAGCAGCCAAUAGCAUCUCCAAAUCCGACGGCUCCGUCUCUUCUUCUUCUUCUUUGGUGCUGGAUGCUCACCUCCAAGGGGCUUUUUACCAGCUGGGCUUCCUGUCCUAUCUGCCCCUCUGUUUGCCGGAGAGGGUCUUCCAUUUCCAAACCUCAUCCUCCUCAUCUUCAUCCUCGUAGAAAGAAGACAGCCUGCCUUUGCUGGACGGAAGGAGGAACCCGGAGUAAGUCGGGCGGGCUUUAGGCAGCUUUGCCUUCGCAGAGUCCCAGGACAAAUGCCUCCGACGCCUCGCUCCGAAGGAACUCCGGAAGAAGAGAGCGGUUUCUUCCUCGGAUCCUUGGAAGAGUUUCUUCCUCCCAAAAAGGCAGCUGCUCAACCGCUCUGUGGAUCGCCCCUCCGACGACAGAACGGACUC